CUCGAGGGCCUCGGAGUUUCCCUAAUCUGGGUCCGAGAGAAGCAGCCGCACCUCUGCCUGCCAGAGCCGCUGAGAGAGACAGGCUUUCCAGUUGAUCAGCAAGCCCUUGAAACAGCAGCCAGAUGGAUCUGAGAGAUUAUCAGUGGGAAGUCAUAGAGCCUGCCCUCGAGGGAAAGAAUAUAAUUAUCUGGCUGCCAACAGGCACUGGGAAGACCAGGGCAGCUGCAUAUGUAUGUAAGAGACACUUGGAGAGCCAAGAUAAGGGCAAGGUGGCUGUGCUGGUCAACACGGUGCCUCUUGUAGACCAACACCUGAAGAAUGAGUUCAGCUUCCUGCAGAAUCGUUUCAAGAUUACUUCUAUCAGUGGUGACAGCAGCCAGAAGGUGUUCUUCUCAGAUGUAGUGAAAAUCAAUGAUCUGAUCAUUUGCACAGCCCAGAUCCUACAAAAUGCCCUCCAGAGCCAAGAGGAAGAAGUACAUGUGGAGCUGACAGAUUUCUCCUUGCUGGUGAUUGACGAGUGCCAUCACACCCACAAGGAAAGCACCUACAACAAGAUCAUGGGGAACUACCUGGAGCGCAAGAUGAAAGGCCAGCAGAAUUUGCCGCAGAUUGUGGGGCUCACGGCUUCACUGGGCACUGGAGGUGCCAGAUCCUUGGAGGAAGCCCAAGAGCAUAUCUUGCAGAUUUGUGCCAACCUGGACGCUGCAAAAAUCAUGUCAUCUGAUAAAUACAAGUUCUACCUUAAUACUCAUGUUCCGCGACCCAAGAAGCAGUAUGACGUGACUGAAGAAAGGACCCUGGAUCCCUUUGGUGGGAAAAUCAAGGAGAUAAUGUCCCAGAUUCAUACUUACCUGGAUGUGCCUGACUUGUCUACAGAUUUUGGCUCUCAGAUAUAUGAGCAACGUAUUAUGGAACUUCAGAAAGAAGGAGCAGAACGAUUCUGCCGGAAGACCCGAACAUGUGCCUUGCACCUGCGUAAAUACAAUGAUGCCCUGCUGAUCAAUGACACGGUGCGCAUGACCGAUGCCUUCAAAACUCUAGAUGAGUUUUACCUGCUGGAGAGAGCUAUGAAGGAGCUGCAGGAUCCAACCGAGCAAUACCUGGUUCAGAUCUUUGACAGGAACAGGGAGCACCUCUUGGCCCUAGCAAGAGACUCACGCUAUGAGAAUCCCAAACUUGAUAAACUGCAGCAAGUCCUUCAGGACCAGUUCCAAGCAGACACCAAGUCCCGGGGCAUUGUGUUUGUCCGGACACGCCAGGGCGCUCACUCCUUAUGCCAGUGGGUACAGGAUAACGUACAUCUGCAACAACAGGGGCUCAAAGCAGCUGUCUUGACUGGGGCUGGGUACAGCAACCAGACCAAACACAUGACACAGCAAGAGCAGCAAGAUGUCAUCCGUAUUUUCCGCGUGGGGGCAUCCAAUCUGCUCUUUUCCACCAGUGUGGCUGAGGAAGGUCUGGACAUCCCCGAGUGUAAUAUCGUGGUCCGCUAUGGGCUGAUGACCAACGAGAUUGCCAUGGUGCAGGCCAGAGGCCGGGCCCGGGCCCCCAAUAGCAUCUGUUCAGUCUUGGCCAAGGCCAACAGCAAGGAGGUGUCUCGUGAACUGCUCAAUGAGAAACUGGAAGUCCUGAUGGAGAGAGCUAUUGAGCGGGUGCAACAGAUGCCCCUGUGGGAAUACAGUCAGACGAUGGUCAAGCUUCAGCGCGAGGCAGUGUUUGGCCGCAAGCUACGAGAUGUUGAACGUGAGAAGCAACGCCAGCUCCACGAUCCAGACUCGGUGCGUCUCUACUGCAUCAACUGCAGUGAGGCAGUCUGCCACGGCUCUGACCUGCGCACAGUAGAGAAAACUCACCAUAUAAACAUCAACCCCAACUUCAGCCUGUACUACAGAAAAUCGCUUGACCAUGUGGAGAUUCCUCGUACCUUCAAAGACUGGAAGCCAGGCAGCUCCAUCAGUUGCGGUAAAUGUGGGCAGGCUUGGGGAAUGGAAAUGAUCUACCGAAGAGUCCCCCUGCCAAUGCUUGCUGUUAGGAAUUUUGUGAUGGAAAGCCCGGAUGGUAGGAGGACCUAUAAGCAGUGGAGCAAAGUUACUUUUGCUAUUGAGGAAUUUGACUUUGUUCAAUAUUGUGAAACCAAUCCUGAACUGAACGUCGAUUCGCUGUAAGCACUGCCUUGCCAGGGUGGCCAUAUGGACUGUGAUCUGAGCCUUGGAUUUGAGAGACCUGGGUUCAGGUCCUGCCUCUCUUGUGGGUUCACUGCUUGAUCUUCUGUGAAUCAAAUUCACUCUCAGUCUUUCUGUGUCCUUGUAAGAGAAACCCAAGAAACAGAGCCGGAAGGUAAGUACAAGAGAAGACUGUCACACACUUUGAACAGGAGCAUGUUAUCUAAAGAAACCUAUCCAAGUAGUAAGAAUGCAGUGUGUUUAAAACACUUGUUCAGCCAUAGAAUUCAGUGUGUGGUCUUGGACAGGCCACUACUGGCCAGCUCACACUGAGGUAUUUAAAUCUGUGUCUGCAAAGUUCUAACUCAGACUACAUGAGGAGCCUACAUCAUUGGGCAAUCCUCUUUUUCUAAAAACACUGCUAGGGUUGUGUGUGUAUAUUGGGAAGGAAGGUCUCAUCUUUGCUCUUCUUACCCCAACAUGUUAAUUUUUGAGGAACAAUUAUUUUUGUUUUUGUUGUUCUUCCUUUACAGUGAACUAGGCCUCUUGACCAAGCAUACCACUUAGAUUGCUUCAGAGUAUAAAAUGCUGCUCAGUGGAGGAAGGGCAGGCUAUAAAAUGUAAUCAAUGAAAUAUAUUUUUUAAAAACCCCAAAGGUUGGAGGGGUAAAGCUUUUUAAGUUCCAAGAUUACUUUACAAGGACACCAUGGGGGGUGGAUGGACUGCAAUUUCACAAGGGGCUCUAUGAUCCAGAGGAGUUAGCCAUGUUAGUCUGUAAUUGCAAAAUAGUAAAAGAGUCCAAUAGCAUCUUUAAGACUAACCAACUUUUUUGUGGCAUAAGCUUUCGAUGCAUGCAUCUGAUGAAGAGAGCUGUGGUUCUCGAAAGCUUAUGCUACAAAUAAAGUUGGUUAGUGUUAAAGGUGCUAUUGGACUCUUUUACUAAGGGACUCUCUAGCUUACUAAAAGAAGGACGGUGCACCAUGAAAUGAGUGAGGUCAAACUUCUAACACAAUGAAAUAAUACUGUAGCUUUAAGGUGGGGCUGAAUCCUGUGAUGUACAUACAAUGUUUUAAAUCCCUUAUAGAACCUGGUCUGUAGUCUCUUUUUUAUUAAUCAGAAUUAAUGGUCUAAAAUUUGGAUUUCAGAAGCUCAAGCCUGCCCAGAAGAUGGCACGCUAGCUUUGAAUUUCCACUAUUGUUACAAAUGUUUGCAUUUUAAUGCUUAAUGGAAUUGAUGUAUCUUUAGAAAGAUGUUUUAUAACUUACACUGCACUCAACCAACUAUUUCCUAUAUGUUACUACUAGUAACAAAGCCCAUUGUGGCUGUUUGAAGCUAGUGGGAAGAAGGCUUUUGGAGGGGGAGUGCAGGCAAGCCCCGCUGCCUUCCCUGCCAUGUUUCCAGGCUUGGGCGGGGGGGGGGGCAAAAGGCAGGAAAGCCACACUGCCCCCUCCCACAGCAGAUAGAGGCUUGGGUGGAAGGCUUGGGGGCAGAGUUCAGGCCAGCCCUAUGCUGGCUGGCCCAAUCUGGGCUGAGGAGGGUGCAGCCGACCUGCGGCCCCUUCUGAAACCCCAGAGGCUUGCUCGGACUGUGCCUGUGCCAGGAUAACAGGGCGAGUCGUCUCGAACACGUGUACCCAAUUAUGUAGUAAGAUUCCUUAUUAAAACUGUCUUCCUUAUUUUAGUGUCACUCACAUCUAACUUCUUUGUUGGCCUAAUUUUAAACCUAUUACAAAGAGAAAUGGACAGCAGUAUUAAGGUCACAGAGAACAAUUGCUGAUUUAAUGAUGCUUUUAUUUGACGGUACAAAUUUUUAAAGUUUUCAAUGAUAAUUAAAGUGCGUAAUUUUACAGUAUUCCAGCUAUUCCAGCUCUCACUUUAUGGAUCAAAUAUACAUAUAUUACAGAAAAUAUAUACAAAUAUUUGCAAAUAUUUUACAUUCAUGUACAUAUUAUUAAAUGGGAAAAAAAUUAACUGCUCUCACCAUCUAUUUUUGACUUGUUGCAAAGCAAAAUAAUUACAGCUUUAAAAAAAAUGACUAUUGCAAAUGCAAUUCAG